AUGAAUACAUAUUUUAAGAUAUUUCUUUUUUUUUUUAUUCAACUUUACAUAACGUUGAAUAAAGCUAAGGUUACUGAAAAUACGAUAUGUAAAUAUGGUUAUUUAAUUCAGAUGAGUAAUCAUUAUGAAUGUAAGUGUAAUGAAGGAUAUGUAUUAGUAAAUGAGGAUACAUGUGGAAAAAAGGUAGUCUGUGAUAAAGAUGAAAAUCUAUUUAGAGCUUGUGACGAAUACGCUUAUUGUUUCGAUAUAGGAUAUAAAAAUAAUGAAAAACAGAUAAAAUGUAUGUGUAGAACAGAAUAUACUUUAACUGAUGGAGUAUGUGUUCCUAACGUUUGUCGAGAUAAAGUAUGUGGCAAAGGAAAAUGUAUUGUAGAUCCUUCAAAUUCUUUAACAUAUACAUGCUCAUGCAAUAUAGGUACUAUAAUUAACCAGAAUAAAUUAUGUGAUACACAAGGUGAUACACCAUGUUCAUUAAAAUGUGAAGAAAAUGAAAUGUGUACAUUAGAAGGAAAUUAUUAUACAUGUAAAGAAGAUCCUUCAUCUAAUGGAGGAGGAAAUAAUGUUGAACAGCCUAAUACAUCAUAUAGUAUAAUAAACGGAGCAACACUAAUACAGGUUUUGAUUAUAUGCACAAUGUUUAUUAAAUUAUUAAUAUAA